CACCCUAGGUGGAAUUUUGCCAGAAAAUAGGUUUUAUUCAAGGGAGAGAGUUUGCAAGUUUGUAAGGUUUCAGGCGACGAACGGAGAUACGAACAUUCAGACGACGUAUAGAAGGAUCAAUCGCCGAAGUUCUCAUUUCUUUGGCAACAAAUGGAGGUUUCAAGCAACGUAAUCAGCAUCGGUAUAGGAGCAAAAGAGAAUGGGCAAAACUAGAGAAAAAUGUGAAAUUCGUAGUCAUUUGGCACUUGAGCUUUCUGAGGAAUAACAAGUAGACAAGGAUGGGAUGGGGGUCCCUUUUAAAGGGGUAGGGGUGAAGAGAUUUGGGUUCACCUCCAUCAAGAGAUGGAAGUGAGCGGCCAUAAUCUGGUGGUGGAUGGAGGCUUUACCUUCUCGGAACCCGAUCUUCGAAAGAAGAUGAUGAUCAGUGUGUUUUAAUUCUAAAGAAAAGACAUCCCUCAACUGCCAACGUUGCUACUGUUGGCCGACCAUUGAUUGUCGUCGCCUGAGCAACACUUUACACAAUCACUCCUUAAUCCCUAGAAAAGAUCUUUCACUUUUAUAUAGCUUCCCCACAUCGCAAUUCCCUAACCGUUAGAUUGAGAUAAAAUCCAAUAAUUCGAUGACUUUGACGGUUUCGAAUUCGGAUCCAACAUUUCCUUAAUUGAGUCAAACUUGGACUUUGGUGAAUCCGUACUGAGUCCAACCCGAUUACAACCCUAUUCUACCUCGGCCGUCUAGCAAGUGGCAACCCCUGUAACUGUAAGCGUCUCAUCGGAAUACAGUAGAUGACUAGAUGUCCCACCAUUGACAUUACAGUUGCUGCUGGAACCUUCAGGUGCCAGGUCCUAUCCCUUCCUUCUUUCCUACAAGAAUGUUCCAGCGUUAAGGAUGUUAUGUGCUGUAUAGAUUUAGAGUUGAAUUUGUUGGAGCUCUAAUUCGAGGGUUUCAUCUUCGUUUUUGCUUUUCUACUCAUUUACUGUUUCAUAACCAAUACAUUCACAAUAGAUCCUAAUUCGUGUUCUCUGCAAGGUUUAUCAGACUUUGAUUUUUGAAGGAUCAAAAUAAUGAUAAAAGGUCCACACAUCAGGCUUAAUGGGUGGCAGCAGGCAGCUGUCGCUCUUGGGUCAGCUUUUGGUGCAUUACUGGACCCAAGAAGGGCAGAUCUAAUAGCUGCUUUGGGGGAAACAACCGGAAAGCCAACUUUUGAAAGAGUUCUAGAACGAAUGAAGAUGAGUCCUGAAGGCAGAGCAGUUCUCUUGGAGCAUCCACGUGUCUUGUCUGCAAAUGUGGGGAACGCAUGGGACCUUCCAGAAAACACAUUUGGUGCAGCCUAUGCAAAGUUCAUGGAAUCAAGGAACUUUUCCCCAGAUGACCGGCCACCCGUACGCUUCAUGGAGACGGAGGAGCUGGCAUAUGUCGCCAUGCGGGCACGUGAGGUGCACGACUUUUGGCAUACCUUAUUUGGCCUCCCUACUAACUUAAUUGGUGAGACUGCUCUUAAGGUUAUAGAGUUUGAGCAGAUGCUCCUACCUAUGUGCCUGCUAUCCGUCAUUGGGGGAACAUCAAGGUUCAAUGAGAAGCAGAGGUCAGUUUUCUACCAGCACUACUUCCCAUGGGCGAUACGUGCUGGAAUGCAGUGUACAGAUUUGAUGUGUAUAUACUAUGAGCAGCAUUUCCAUGAGGAUUUGGAGGAUGUUCGAAGGAGAUGGGGGAUAAUUCCUGUUCCUGUACCUCCUAAACCAAAUUCAUCCUGAUCAGUUAUCUCUUUUCAAGUGUUUAAGUUGCAAUCUGUACCUGGUUCUGUUUCACAACUCUGGACUUUGGGCUUGGUCUGUUAGCUCAGUUUCUCAGUUGUAUAAUUAUUGUUUUCACAUAUUUAUUUAACAUCUUAUUCAAGAAAUUAUAGAAACUAGAUCAAUUACAAGGUUUUUUAUUAUGGAUAGACCAAUUAAGAGAAA